AGCAGAACGCUCGUUGUCGGAGAUUUCCGCGAUUCGCGAUCUCACCUAACCCUCGCCAUUGCAGUUUGUUUUGUUCCGAUUGCGAGCGAUACGGUAACGCAAAAUGGUGUCCAGUGACUUCAAUCGAUUGGUAACCGCAUUGUGCAUAGUGUUGUGCCUCUUCGUGAAUUGUAGCAACGGUUUGCAAGAGGGCGAACAGUGUGACCAUCAGGGUGCGCCAGGAGUCUGCACGCCAUAUUCGAGAUGUAAACCGAAGAACCGAAUUACAGUGUGCAGCUACUCCAUUCAAGAAGCAAUCAUAUGUUGUCCGCAGUCGCAGUACGCUCCGAUCGACAGGUUUGCGAAGCCUUCCACUGACAUGCGAGCCGGAACAGAACGGGUUAGCGUUCGGAAAUGCAACGAGUACAAACAGCUCACCACCAAGAGUGUGGCGAUUAGUGCGCUCACGCUGAACCCGACGCUGGUGAAGAUCGAGGUGUCGAAGUGCGACAUGGUCGUGAAGCUGAUCGUCGGCGGAAACGUAACGAAGCCGGGAGAGUUUCCGCACAUGGCCGCGAUCGGGUGGCGGCGUCCGGACGGUGGCUAUUCGUUUGACUGCGGAGGUUCUCUGAUCAGCGAGUACUACGUCCUUACGGCAGCCCACUGCUAUCUGGAAGAUGACGAAGGCACGCUACCGUCGAUCGUACGCUUGGGCGAUCAAAACCUGCUCCGCCCGGAUGACGGGGCCGAGCCAGUCGACUACGAGAUCCUUCGCUUCAUUCUGCAUCCGGAGUUCAAGUGGCGCCAGGGAAAGUACAACGACAUUGCAUUGGUGCAGCUACGCAAUCGUGUUACCUUUACCGACUUCAUCCGUCCAGCCUGCCUCUACGACUCCAAUCAGCUGCCCAUAAACACGGCCAUCGCGACGGGUUUCGGGUUGACGGAGGAUUUUGGGUUAAAGUCAAACGAACUGCGCAAGGUGUCGCUGUACAUCUACGGAAACGAUGUGUGUGACGCUAGCUACCGCUCAAACCGACACGUCAGGUUCGGCGUCCAGGACACGCAGAUCUGCGUUGGAGAUCAGGCCGGUGGCAAGGAUACGUGCCAGGGUGACUCGGGUGGUCCGCUGCAGAUUACGCGCGGUGAAAACCAGUGCAUGUUCCACAUCAUCGGCGUAACGUCGUUUGGACAGGCGUGUGGCAGUGCAACGCCGGCAAUCUACACCAAGGUGAGCGCGUACCUUGAUUGGAUCGAAUCAGUGGUGUGGCCGUAGGGACAAAGUCCUGGUGCGGUGAAACUAAACUGUCGAACGUGUUACUUGUCGAAUCCAUCGAAAGGAUGUUUGCUCACGUAUUCUUAGUGGUUUAAAUAAGUGACGCUCGCUGGGAAUUCAGGACUGUGAAUAUGAGCUGUGGAAUAUGGGAAUGGACUGUGAAUUUGAGCACUGUGAAAAUUGAUAAUAAAUGACAAUCGUAUA